AUGGCGGCAGGAGAGGAGGAUGGGACCGCGCCGGAGCCGGAGCCGGAGCCGGAGCCGGAGCAGGAGCAGGAGCAGGAGCCGGCGGCGGAGGAGCCACGGAGCUUCAAGGACUUGGGAGUGACAGAUGUCCUGUGUGAAGCUUGUGACCAGUUGGGAUGGAAGGUGCCAACGAAGAUCCAAAUUGAGGCUAUUCCAGUGGCUCUCCAAGGCAGAGAUGUCAUUGGACUGGCAGAAACUGGCUCUGGAAAAACAGGAGCCUUUGCUUUGCCAAUUCUUCAAGCACUGCUGGAAACACCUCAGCGAUUAUUUGCUCUUGUCCUCACACCAACAAGGGAGCUGGCCUUUCAAAUCUCAGAGCAGUUUGAAGCUCUUGGAUCCUCCAUUGGUGUUCAAAGCACGGUUAUUGUUGGUGGAAUUGACACGAUGUCUCAAUCUCUGGCCUUGGCCAAGAAACCACAUGUUAUAAUUGCAACCCCUGGCCGUCUAGUUGAUCAUCUGGAGAACACAAAGGGCUUCAACUUACGAGCUCUGAAGUUCCUGGUGAUGGAUGAGGCUGACCGGAUUCUUAACAUGGAUUUCGAGACAGAGGUGGAUAAGAUACUAAAAGUGAUUCCUCGAGACAGGAAGACAUUCCUGUUUUCUGCCACCAUGACCAAGAAGGUUCAAAAACUCCAGCGUGCUGCUCUGAAGAAUCCUGUUAAAUGUGCUGUUUCUUCCAAGUACCAGACAGUUGAAAAACUACAGCAGUACUACAUUUUUAUUCCCUCCAAAUUCAAGGACAGCUACCUGGUUUAUAUCCUGAAUGAACUGGCUGGUAACUCCUUCAUGAUAUUCUGUAGUACAUGUAACAAUACCCAGAGGACUGCUCUACUGCUGCGCAACCUGGGGUUCACUGCCAUUCCCCUCCACGGGCAGAUGAGUCAGAAUAAACGUUUGGGCUCUCUAAACAAGUUCAAGGCAAAGGCACGUUCUAUUCUCCUGGCCACUGAUGUUGCAAGCAGAGGUCUGGACAUCCCACAUGUGGAUGUGGUGAUAAACUUUGAUAUUCCUACACACUCUAAGGAUUACAUUCAUCGUGUUGGGAGAACAGCUCGAGCUGGGAGAUCUGGCAAAUCUAUCACCUUUGUCACACAGUAUGAUGUGGAGCUGUUCCAGCGCAUUGAACACCUGAUUGGCAAGAAGCUGCCAGCAUUCCCCAUGCAAGAGGAAGAAGUUAUGAUGCUGACAGAGCGUGUGGCUGAGGCCCAGAGGUUUGCUCGGAUGGAGCUGCGGGAGCAGGGAGAGAAGAAGCGAUCUCGGAAUGACGAUGAUGACACAGAAGAGGCUAUUGGUGUCAGGAAUAAGGUGGCAGGAGGGAAAAAGAAGAAAAGGAAAGCCUUCUAGUUUGGUAUUUGAACAGACUUUUUUAUUUUUCUCUUUGUGGCUGAGCUAUCAAAAACAGUCUACCAAGCCAUCUCCAGUGGAUUUUUUUUUCAGAACUACAUAUGAAAUUUGGCAGUCCCUGAGGAAAAAAGCUACUUUCUUUGUUCACGAGCUACAGACUGAGCUUGGCCCAUGUUGGUGCCAUGGUACCAGUUUUCCUUUCAGGGACACCAUCAGAGACCAUCACCUCUGGACCUGGAAGCAGCUGUGGUCUGGCCCUCCUCAUUCACUCUGAAGUGCAGUGUGAGUACAGCUUUUGCACUGCUGCAGCCUGUCCCACUAUCCAGUCUCACUGAGUGCAUCUGGAGUCAGAUCUGGCAGAAGAAAGAGAGGAAAAAGUUAAAAAGAAGUGACUGAGUUUUCACAGCACGGCUGUGAUGCCCUUGCCUUGGUGAAGGAAUGUAUUGCAUUGAGAACUCAAAAUAUAUUUUGCUUAAUUUUAAAGCUACCUGGUUUUCCUUGUCUUGUCACUGGCCUGUUCUGUUCACUUUGUGUUUCAGCUCUGCUAGAAGGUUUUAUUCUUGGGUCAAUCCUAGCAACUUAGAUGUGACAUCAGUAGCUUAGAUUUGUCAGCUGAAGAGCAGUCCAGCACAGAGAGAAUGAGUUCCAGCAGGAUGAAACUAUUCACUGCCUGAAUUCAAUCCAGUAUCUGCUAAUGAUUGACACCAUCAAGGAUAGGUCUGAGUUUUGGGUGGGGUUUUUGUGGCUGAUUCUCGUAGUACUUAAAAGUGAACACAAGAGGGAGGUAUUUACGUGGGAAAGCAACUCACAAGCUAGGAGGUGCAGGAAAACUGGUAUCCUGGAAAGCUCUUUGUUUCCCUAGGCAGGGAACUUUGUUACUCUUAGGCAGUGUCCCAUGCCAGAUAAAUAGACUUUUGCAAGAAUGAGAUAAAUGCACUUCAUAUAAAACCAGAAGGUUACUGCUAGUUCUCAAUGACAAUAAAAAUUUUCACACAGGAUGUUCCUGGUAGGCAGAGAAGAGUGAGAAGCUCUUGCAUAUGUAGAUUUACUGAUAACAUGAAAAUUUAAUGCCCAGUAGAACCAUUCAUAAACUGGAUUUUGUGCUACAUGAAAAACAGUGUUCAAAAUAGUCCUUGUAAGAUCUAAAUGGAAAGUAGGAGCUAUUGCAGUAAUCAAGGUGAACACAGUGGUUAUUUCACACUGUCAGCAUAAAUCUAAUAUCCACAUGUAUGCUAGUCAGGAUGCUUUUACACUUUUGUUAGGGGUAGCACAUUUUGCAAAGAAAUGCCAGAAAACCUAGGUCUGCUUUUUCAUGAGGAACUGAGAUACUCUUUGGAGCAAAAAGAGUGCCAGUGUUUACACUCUUUAUUUAUUGUUGUAGCAGUUAACUUAAUCUCCCAAAUAUCUUCAUGUCUGAUAGUUCUAAAAUGGUCUUGAGUCAGUGGCAGAUAGUAAGUAUACAAAUCUUGGGUAUGUUCACUGCUAAGAGCAUUUAUGUAAAGCCAAAAGAGUGUUUAUCUUCCCUAGUUUAGCACAGAGGGGCAGGGCUGAAAGCCCAUGAAUUAGAACAUGUUCAUUCUACAGGGCCCUUUGGUAGCAAACCACACACAUGAGAGGAAACAGCCCUAGAAUGCACCACAGAGAGAACAAAAUGAGUGAUAAUAUGGGUGGAGAUGCAAAUGCUUGUUCCCCUUGGAGCAAGGGAACACUCCCAACUGUCCUGCUGGGUGCCUGAACAAAAUUUCUUAUUCUUUGCAGGCAGGAUGGGGUUGGUUCCAGUAUCAGCAAAGGAAGCUUAAAUCUCUCUGAGGGUCCUGGAUCCCUGGAAAACCUCUAGAGUGUUAUUCCCAGCUGUGUAAUGGAUGAGAUACAGAGUCAGUCCUGAACUAAUCUUGUGAAGUGAUGUGAAGGGCACCUUGACUGCUGGAGGAGGUAGGGCAGAGUCAUUCCUUUCAGAAGUAGUGAGGCUUGCUUUAAUAGGUUGUUGGAGUCUGCAGCAUCUCUCUGUGUUCUUCCAUAUGGAAGCCUGCAGAAGGGAUAUCUUCUCCCUUGAUGGAGUCAAAGAUAAUCCCUCUUUUACUGUAGCAAGAAUAUUGGUGGAGAGAAAUAGAGCUGCUCCUUGUAAAAGAGUACAGAGCCUCUUUGAGAGGAGUGACUAAACAGCUGGCCACCUCCCUUGAUUUGGAAUGACAAACCGUAGAAGCACUUGGCAUGAGACAAGCAAAGGUCUCACCACACCCACAUUCUCCCUGGUGCCUCACCUGCCCCAGGUAUGUGCGUUCAGUUUCAACUAAAAAUAUCUCAACAGGUUGGAGGGGCAGGAAAUGGAUUUUUUUUUGUGGCUACUCUAGAGGGGCUGGGUCAGAGGGUGUUUGUAUAACUAAAGUGGAAUAGGGAGUGUCCAGAGAUGUAUUUGGGCAAAACAGAAUUUGCAGCCAGCCUAAAACAAAAUAUCUAGCUGAUCUAAUGAAACAUGAGGGGAAAAGAAUGAAGUGAGACCUGUCUCUCUCUGAAUAAAUGGUCAGAAAAGACCAGCACUGGUAUGUGCAUGGCUGCAUUCUUUUGUUCAACAACUGCUGCCAGUGUGUUUGUUCAGUCAGGAGGGCUUUUGAGGGGCAGUUCUGAAGCACACCCCUGCAUGCCCUUGAGUUUCACACAGCAGGGACCUGAGUGGAAGAUUAACCUUAGCCCAAUCCUACCUUACAUCAUGCUAACACAAUUUGUCAUAUUUAUAUGGUUGAAACUCAGGUGAAGUUUCAAUGAAAGCUCUGUU